AUGUUUACGUUUACGUUUGUGGACUGGGUCAGUUGGAAGGUGGGUGGUGCUGGUGCGGGACGAGGUCGGGGGGAAAGUUGGUUUUCGAAAAAGGACAAGGCCGUCUUCCUGCAGGACCUGCAGCUGUUUCACGACCGGAGUUGGACGCAGUUUAUGCGGUUGCCGAAGAUCGGAGGUCGGUAUGUGGAUUUGCACCAGUUGUAUUCGGUGGUGGUGGCCAGGUGGACGAAAUUGAAGUUGAAGCAGAUUUACAUCCGCUUUUCGAACAAGUACGAUAAAGUAAAUUUUAACGAAGAACAGUUUGCACCAGUUCUGGAUGGACCGUCUGUACGAAUGCCGCAAGUCCUGGAGUUGACAUACUCGGAUUACUUCCAGAGGUUGGAGCGAGAUCCGACGAACCUGAUCCAGAACAUCUACCUGGAAUACCGAAGAAGUCACCGUGAUCGAGAACUAUCCGUUCAGGCGCUUUACUUUCCAGCCGGAAAACGUCGACUUCCCUUCCCGAAUCAACAACCAAUGGCCAACUCCUCCAAGCCUGUCCUGAUGAUGGCCGGCAACGAGACCACCCUGUUCUCUACAACGCUGUCGCGCUCCAAAAUGAAGGCCGCGAUGUUGCUGCCCAACGAAACGUCCAUCCGUAACCUGCUCAGCAUGGGGCCUUCGGACGUGACCGGUGGCGUACCGUAAGAAUCGGUUCAGCAGAUGCGUUGAAUACAAAAAACUGAAGCAACUGUUUUAAUAUUAAAAUAUUGAAAUUAAAUCCAUCACAUUUUUCGUAAAUCAUCACUGUAAUGUUAAAUGUUAUUUAUUCACGCCAUAAAAAGUUUCUUCUUAAAUUAAAAGCAAAAAACUUUUACCGAUACAAUGAUUUUGUUCCAGAAAUGCAUGGUAGUAUCAACAACUUUCCAACUUUUAAAUUAAAAAGUUUGAACUUUCAACGAAUAUUCACGAACGAACGAUCUUUUUAAAUUUAGAGUAUCUUUUCUAAAAAACAGGAACGUGAGCGGGGAAUCCCCACGUGAGCAGUUCUCUACGGAAUCGGUCUUUUUUCUUUAAUUUUAAUUUUUGUAUUUUUUAAUCCGGCUGAAACUUUUUUGGUGCCUUCGGUAUGCCCAAAGAAGCCAUUUUGCAUCAUUAGUUUGUCCAUAUAAUUUUCCAUACAAAUUUGGCAGCUGUCCAUACAAAAAUGAUAUGUGAAAAUUCAAAAAUCUGUAUCUUUUGAAGGAAUUUUUUGAUCGAUUUGGUGUCUUCGGCAAAGUUGUAGGUAUGGAUAUGGACUACACUGAAAAAAAUUGAUACACGGUAAAAAAAAAUUUGGUGAUUUUUAAUUUAACUUUUUGUCACUAAAACUUGAUUUGCAAAAAAACACUAUUUUUAAUUUUUUUCAUUUUUUGAUGUGUUUUAGAGGACAUAAAAUGCCAACUUUUCAGAAAUUUCCAGAAUGGGCAAAAAAUCUUUGACCGAGUUAUGAUUUUUUGAAUCAAUACAGAUUUUAAAAAAAAAUCGAAAUAUUGGUCGCAAAAAUUUUUCAACUUCAUUUUUCGAUGUAAAAUCGAAUUUGCAAUCAAAAAGUACUUUAGUGAAAUUUUGAUAAAGUGUACCGUUUUUAAGUUAUAGCCAUUUUUAAGUAACUUUUUUGAAAAUAGUCGCAGUUUUUCAUUUUUUAAAAAUAGUGCCCAUGUUUGCCCACUUUUGGAAAAAAUAUUUUUGGAAAGUUGAGAAAAUUCUCUAUAUUUUGCUUUUUCGGACUUUGUUGAUACGACCCUUAGUUGCUGAGAUAUUGCCAUGCAAAUGUUAAAAAACAGGAAAAUUGAUGUUUUCUAAGUCUCACCCAAACAACCCACCAUUUUCUAAUGUCGAUAUCUCAGCAACUAUAGGUCCGAUUUACAAUGUUGAAACAUGAAACAUUCGUGAAAUUUUCCGAUCUUUUCGAAAAAAAUACUUUCAAAAAUUUUAAAUCAAGACUAACAUUUCAAAUGGGCGUAAUAUUGAAUGUUUGGCCUGUUUGAUUCAAAAAAUCAUAACUCGGUCAAAGAUUUUUUGCCCAUUCUGGAAAUUUCUGAAAAGUUGGCAUUUUAUGUCCUCUAAAACAUAUCAAAAAAUGAAAAAAAAUAAAAAUAGUGUUUUUUUGCAAAUCAAGUUUUAGUGACAAAAAGUUAAAUUAAAAAUCACCAAAUUUUUUUUUACCGUGUAUCAUUUUUUUUCAGUGUAGUCCAUAUUCAUACCUACAACUUUGCCGAAGACACCAAAUCGAUCAAAAAAUUCCUUCAAAAGAUACAGAUUUUUGAAUUUUCACAUAUCAUUUUUGUAUGGACAGCUGCCAAAUUUGUAUGGAAAAUUAUAUGGACAAACUAAUGAUGCAAAAUGGCUUCUUUGGGCAUACCGAAGGCACCAAAAAAGUUUCAGCCGGAUUAAAAAAUACAAAAAAAAUCGAAUGACCGAAAUCUCAGAGAAUUGCUCACGUUUCUUCCUCCCCUGUAGAUUCAGAACUGUAUUGUUGUUUAAACAUUCGUGCUCAAACUCAAUCCACUUCAACGAAUCAUCUUUGCGGUAAACUUUACGCAGUUGGCCUGGCCGCUUUAACGUAUGUGAUGUUUCAAAGCAAUUUAUUGCAUUGGGGCACUGCAAAUGUUAAUAAUGACAAGAGGAUGCUAGGCGUUGAUCAACCUUAGGCAUUUUCCAGGAUGCCCUCGAAAGACUGGCUGCGCUAGGGUUAGAUUAGAUUAGAUUAAAGAAGAGAAAACUCUACUGACUGACACAAGUUGGAUUUUACUUUCGAAAGGGAGGAGGAGAGUUUUCCUUCUGAGAGUAAUGGCUUGGCCAGCGUAGCACAAGACUCAAACCGGGUAAUCCCAGGGUCGGCAAACUACCAGGUGAUUCAAGGGAGGAUCGGUUACAACAGAAAAACACGGAAGGAUUUCCACUUUUCAACAGCACUUUAUUUGGGAUUUUGGUUCGUGUGGGUGUGGGUGUGUAAAAUGUGGGUUUUUCAGGGGCUAACAUACCGUGAUCCGCUCAGCUGAUGGUUCACCUCCGGCGAUUGCGGGAAGGCAGAGGAGUUCGUCCAACCUCCACUCUGCGGCGGGAACUGCCCCAAGAGGGGGGGGGGGGGUAUUGUUGUUGCUGAUGCGGCGGCCCUUUGUUCUUGACUGCGAGUCUGGUCUUCGGCGCCAGAUGCAGCGUUGUUCGCCGGCCUCCUUGGGCGGCGUCGAUUCUUCCGGCUUCCGUGCCGGGAUGAUGGACGACCAGUGGGCGUUGCUGGUUCCGGUGGGCAGGCGUCUUCCCUCAUUGGCUGAUCGGCAGCCCCAGAGUCCACUGAAGCGGGCGUGCCGAGAGGGGACCCUCCUUUGCGGUUAAGGCCAGCGGCCUGAGGGUGCACUAUGGUAUAUUGGGUGGCCAAGUUUCAAAAAAGUUACCUUCUCCAAAUAUUUUUUGGUAUUUUUUUCUCAAAAGUAAACAUUCUAAGUGCAUCUCCAGCGCUGGGGUGCAAAUCAAAUUUGCACCCGGCUCAUGAAUACCGAGAUCAAAUUUGCCACCUUGAAAAAACUCCGUCAUCCCCACCGCUAGGGUAGCAAAUUUGCCACCGAAACAAGCCCACUGCGGGGGGCAAAUAUGGGUUUUUAUCAUUUUUUGCUCUCGUUUACCUUCAAAAUCAAUAAUUAUGUGUUGAUUCAUGCCUAGAAAUGCUAAAAGUUCAUUAAAAUUUUUAAUCCUAUUGAAAAUUUCAAAGAAUUUCAUUUUUGAAAAUGUCGAAAGUUAAACCAUUUGCUACCCGAUUUGAUUCCCACCUAAUUUGCUCUCGAGUUUGCCCCCGAGUCUCCCACCGCGCGUAGCAAAGCAGGUAUCAAAUUUGAUCUCAAGUUCAUCUGUAGAAGAAAAAUAUGUGUCGGUACCUGUCGGGUACUCAUUUUCUGAUACCCGACAAGUACCGGCAAGCCGGGGGCAAAGUUUUGAAUACGUGUUUCGGAGAUUUUCUAUGUCUGCUCUUGUGGGUGAUUCAAAAAUUCAAAAAUUCAAAAAUUUAAAAAUUCAAAAAUUCAAAAAUUCAAAAAUUCAAAAAUUCUAAAAUUCAAAAAUUCAAAAAUUCAAAAAUUAAAAAUUCAAAAAUUAAAAAAUUCAAAAACUCAAAAAUUCAAAAAUUCUAAAAUUAAAAAAUACAAAAAUUAAAAAAAUCAAAAAUUUCAAAAUAAAAAAAUCCAAAAUUUAUUUUUGUUUACUUUUACAAAAUUUUAAUUUAAAAAAUAAUAAUAUUUUUUUCAAUUAUUUUAAGCUGUUGCACAUAUUUUUCAAAGUUUAUGUCGCCCCCGGUUCGAAAAACCAGGCGGCAAAAAAAUACGUUUUUCAGAAAACUUCCAAAUUUUAAAGGAAAUAUAAGUCCAUCCAACAGAAAACAAUUAGAAAUGCAUUUUCCUACGUUUAAAAUCAUAUGUAGCAUGUCUGGGUUCGGUCAAAAAUAUUUUCAAUUUUUGUGGAAUUCCAAUGUACAGCACCGCAAAAAGUUUUUUUUCGGCGAAAAAAAAAUCUCUUCAAUAAUUGGAUAUUUUGAAAAAUAAUGAUUGCAAAACAACUGGGCAGUUGUGAAAUGCAUUUUAAAACACUUUUUUCAUUCAAUUGUUGAGAACAUAGCUUGUUAUUUCAAUUUUUAUUAUGUUUUGCCCCCCUUCCCCCCCUCCACGACCUGGACCAGAGUCGAGGGACGAAAACGAAAAAAAACGAAACUAUUGGCACUACGCCCCCCGGGGCAUGGCCUUCCUCUAACGUGGGAUUUCUGCUCCAGCGCCUCUGACGAGACAGGAGAAACCGGGACCGACGUUUUACUUCACCAUCCGAUAGAAGCUCAGUGGAUAAGGCGGGAAUCGAACCCGCGUCUCAUAGCAUCAUCGGGAUCGGCAGCCGAAGCCGCUACCCCUGCGCCACGAGACCCAGAGUCGAGGGACAUAAACUUCAAAAAAUAUUUGCAGCGGCCUAAAUUAUUUUUUUUAAAUUUUUCCUAUG